ACAACCCACCCAAAUUUGUUUGUAUUUGUAUUUCAUCAAAACAGACAUGGGGCGUAGGGCGGGUGACAAAGGAAGAAAUAAACGCAGACCGCUGCAUUAGAGGUUCUCCUGCUUUUCGUUACAAUUUGUUACAUAGGCGCUGCGUAAGUUUGUGAACUGAGGUGGGAGAUAGAUGGAGGCAGGAAGCUCGGGUAAAGUUGGUGAAGGCGAAGGCUACAAACCUCCACCAGAAUUUUCCCAAGUUGCUAAAGAACCACUUGUGGAUAUCAAUAUGAACGGCUCCACAGAGCUUUGGCUCAUUUCUUGGCCGAAAGAUCAAAAUCCAGAUUUUUGCCAAGAAGUUUCGCUCAAGCUUGGCACUGAUGGAGAGUUGGGCAGUUUUGUCGGCCCAUCUGGCAAAGAAUAUGAUUUGCAAAGUACAGCUCAAAAGCCAGAUGCUACAGUUUUUGUAUCUUCUGCGUCAGGCACAAAAGUUGCUGGGAAGAUUUCACGGAAUGUUUCUCUUGUGUUUUACCCGGAGCCCAGUGAACUUGAAGAAAAACUAAAGUCCAAACAGUUGAAGAAAAUUCAGCAGAUAUCAGCUGGAAUGUCCCGUUCUCCCCAUAGUUUUGCAACUCCUACACGAAGUUCUAUGCCGACAAUGUCACGGACAGUAUGGGGGCUCCCAACCCCCACUCAUAGCAGCAGACAAAUAAGCUCCAUAUCUGGUGUUGGAGAGCCAUCACAGCUUCGAAAGAAAAGGCGUGCACCUGAACCUACUAGGUCCAUGAACCACUCCGGCCAAAAUUCAGGACGGCGUAGUGGAGUCACCGACUGAGGACAAGGUGAUAUAGCAGUUAAUUCCUCAGGACAAGGUCAUUGAAGUAAAUCAAGAAAAUUGAAGAUGAGAGAAUUGACCUCCCCAUCAGUAAGGUUUUAUUUCUUCUAAGUAGAUUGCGCGAAAAGGGGUCUUGGUGGAGGAUGAUGUAUUCAGUACUCUGUGUUGUUCUCGGGUUUGGGCGGACACUUGAAGCAGUAUUACAAAGUUUGCUUCAAUUUUUGUGCUGCCCAGGCUUCUUGUUAUAUAUAGUUUGUAGUUCAAUCUCUAUUUGAUUCUUGAAGCCUAAUUUCAAAUUUCUUUAUCAA